AUGGGUGAGUGUAGUGUAGACAACAAUGGAGCAGAGAAAUGGAUAGAGCAUUAUAGCAGCUCUCAUAAAAUACUUGUGGGUGAGGGAGAUUUCUCUUUUGCUUCAUGCUUAGCAAAAGCAUUUGGCACUGCUGCCAACAUGAUUGCCAUCUCUUUUCAUUCCAAAGAGGUGUUGAUGAAUAAAUAUCCAAAUGCCAUGACCAAUUUGAAAGAACUGGAGGAGCUCGAAUGCACUGUUUUGCAUGAUGUGGAUGCCCAUGCUAUGAACCGACAACCUCUUCUUCAUUCGAAAUUGUUCGACAGGAUUGUCUUCAAUUUCCCUCAUGAUGGUUUCAUUUGGCCAGAAAAUGAUAAGCGCCAAAUCAAGCUUCACAGGAAGUUGGUUAGGGGAUUCUUGGGGAGUGCAAUUGACAUGGUGAAAAAGAAUGGAGAAAUUCACAUUACCCACAAGACGGCUCACCCUUGCAAUAAGUUGGAGGUGGCGGAGUUGGCAGAGGAGAUCGGGGCGUGUUCAAGGACGACGAAACCUGAAUUUUUUUUUGAUGGGUUAAAGCACAAAUGA